AUGCCUGUGUAUGCAAAGAUGAUGAAGGACUUGAUGUCCCGCAAGUUCGACUUCCAAGACUUUGCCACGGUUACACUGACUCAGACCUGCAGUGCUGUUGUGAUGAGACCCAUAGCUGAGAAGUUGUCUGACCCAGGGAGUUUCACAAUCCCUUGCACAAUAGGAAACCUUGCAUUUUCCAAGGCACUGAGAGCUUUAAUUGAUUGUGAAAUUGGAGAGCUCAAGAUGAGAUUAAAUGAUGAAGAGAUAACAUUCAACGUGCAGAAACCUAUGCGCAGACCUAGUGAAAUUGCCAAUUAUUCUCUAAUAGAUGCGGUAGAUGUAGUAUUGGAGGAGGGCAAUGAAGCAUUGAACGUUAAAGACCCCCUAGAAGCUUGA